AUGGCUGAACAUCAGGUAGACGAUAACACAAGCAGCAGAAUGAGUUCAUCAGCAGAGUGUGAGAAGAGUUUCAGGGACUCAGGCACAUUGAAGCACCACAAACGUACCCACACUGGAGAAAAAUGCUACUCCUGUGACCAGUGUGAGAAGAGCUUUACCAGCUCAGGCAAUUUGACGAUUCACAAGCGAACCCACACUGGAGAAAAACCCUACUCCUGUGACCAGUGUGAGAAGAGUUUCAGGGACUCAGGCAGUGUGAAGCUCCACCAGCCUACCAACAACGGAGAGAAACCUGACGUCUGUGCUCACUGUGAGAAGAGCUUCAGAGAACCAGCCCACUUGAAGAUCAGCGUACUACCGCACACUGGAGAAAACUUUCACUAG